AUGUCCUUUGAAUACCGCAAGACUUUUGGGCCCUAUAAUCCAUUGGCAAAGGAAAUGAAAUUGAAAAGAGGCGUCACCUCAGGCGUUCGCCAUCCCACUCCUUCAUCUAGUCAGUGGUCUAGUCUUGAGGAGAUUGAGAAAUUGCUGCCCACGGAGCUUAUACGCCUGAUCAUUUUCAUUUUGCUCGAUUCGCAUGAUGGUCUCCACACAAUUCAGGCAUUAUUCAACGAAGGGCGGCAUCUCAAGCUCGUGGAAAAUAUUGAUAUUGUGUUAUCAAGCAAAUCGACUCAUAAGUUUGUUCAUGACCACUGGAAGCUGCAUGCAUCUUCUUCCGAUCUUAUUUCUUGCAUUAGCUGUAAGGACAAUCAUGCCAAGAAAGAACAACCCGAAGACUUAGUGUCAUGGACCGUGAAGAAUUGCAUCCCGUGCUUGAAUAUUUUGAUCAAAAAGAUUAUCCGGCCCUUGACCUUCAACGCACGCGGAUACGGCUUGCUCUGGGUUGCAUUUGAGGCUGAUAAUGAAGAAGCGGGUGCCUUUAUAGUAUCAUCAAUGAGCUUUAAUGAGCUUUUCCAGCCAAUUACCGUUGGUGAUGGCUAG